ACGACGAGGCGACCGACCGGCCGCGGUGGUACGCACGCAACACACACGAGGCGUCUCGUCUUCGCGCGCUGCCAUUCAGUAUCGUCAGUCGUUCGGUCACGGUCGGUUCUUCGCGCGCGCGUCUUAUCCCAUCGUCGUCGUCGUCGUAACGACUUACCCACACGCUUCUGUCGACGGCAGUGCUUUAGUAUUAUUUUAUAACGUAGUCCUAGAUCUACCACUCGCCGAUCUCGUAGGAUUUUCAAUCCUUAAAUUCGGAUUUUUUCGCCUUCUCCCCAUCAUUUUUUUUUUUUUUUUUUUUAAUCCACCCUCUCCCCACUGUCCCGAACACAUUUCCAUGUCGUACGACCCGGCGAAGACAUCAGACCACCACUGAUCGACACCUACAGGCUGCCAUGCACCGUUGCAGCCAUCGUACCUGCGGCAGCAGGAGGAAUCGACGAAAUCCACUCCGAUCGUUGCUACAAAUCGGAUUACUGUUGUUGCUGUUCUCGUGUUUGAGAGUGACAACAUUCAAACAGCAAGAGUUCAGGGUGGUUCCAAAAAAUGUUAACGCUCGAGAAGGUUCGAAUGUGACGUUGGUUUGCGAAAUCAACGACAUUACUGGUGAUGUCCAGUGGACUAAAGAUGGAUUAGCUCUGGGUUAUGCAGCCGAAAUACCGGGACAUCCGAGGCACUCUAUGGUGAUCGAUGCCGGAAAUGGGGUGUACAAUUUACUUGUCAGAAAUGUGACAAUAACGGAUGAUGCACUGUACCAGUGUCAAGUGAGCCCUGGGCCGGCGGCGGGGAGCAAACCAAUUAGAUCAUCGGCCACGUUGUCCGUUCUGACCCCGCCUUCGUCUGUUGAAAUCAUAAAUAAAUCCGAAGACUCAAAAUUAGAAGUACAAGAAAAUCAAGAGGUUACUAUUGAGUGUAUAGCACGAAACUCUAAACCAGCUUCGAGAAUAGUAUGGUUUCGUAGCGAUGAAGAAAUCAAUCCCGAACAACGAUCUGACAACAUAAGUGAAGAAACCGCGAACGAAACAAAAUUAAAACUGUACACCGUCCGAAGCCGAAUAAAAGUAACCGCUAAGUCAAACGACGACCGUGUGAAAUACAAAUGUGAAGCUCAUCACAAAGCUCUAUCGGAUCCACUUUCAACCACUGUUCAGAUAAGGGUUUUAUAUCCACCGGGAAUUCCUCACAUUGAAGGAUACAAUGAAGGCGAUAUUUUGGAAAAAGGAACAUAUGUAAUGCUACGUUGUGUAUCAAAAAAUGGAAAUCCACCAACAAAACUGGCGUGGUUCAAGAACGACCAAUUAAUUCAAAACCUUUACAGUACAACGGAAAAAUGGUCGGAGAGCACGUACUCAUUCACAGCUAAUGUCUCGGACAACAACGCAAGAUUUCGCUGUGAAGCAAAAAACUCAAUUAGCCCACUUCCUCAAUAUGCUGACGUUGUACUCUCAGUGUCAUUUGGUCCAACUCAUGUUCGUAUUAAAGGACCAAGUGAAGCGAAACAAGGAGAAUUUAUAACGUUAAACUGCGAAACCGGGCGUAGCAAUCCAGCGUCAAUGAUAAAAUGGACGGUGGCUGGUGAUGUGGAAGAAAACAGUACUUCCGUAAAGGUGCCAGCUCCGCAGUCCAGCUGGAUAACAAAAUCCAACGUAUCGUUUGUCAUACCAACCGGACAGCGUUCCGUGGUGGCCACGUGCCAGUCCAUCAGUAACAGCAUGUCCGAAAGAGUUAUCGACACCCAUAAAAUCAGCAUACUACACCCGCCUGGAGCACCGAUCAUAAUCGACCAGUCGUCCGGUAAUCCAAUUCCUUCGGGAAAUGUACACAGAAUAUCUUGUGUGUCUACUGGCGGCCAUCCACUGGGUUCGAUCACUUGGUUUAAAAACGAUAAAAAGGUAGAUUCAAUAAUUAAAACAAAUGGGGAAAAUUCGAUUUCAGCUGAAUUGGCAUUCGUGGUCAAUUAUACGGAUAAUGAUGCUACUUAUAAAUGUGAAGUGAAUCAUCCAGCUUUAACGGUUCCUUUGAUGAAAACGCAUAAACUUAAAGUUCUAUUUUUACCCGAUCACUUGAACAUCAAGCACGAACCGAUGCAUCUGAAACCGGGCGUACAGGCUACACUCACGUGUGAAGCAACCUCCAGCAAUCCGGCGGUGAAGAUGAAAUGGUGGCACCAGGAUAUGCAGGUUACCGAGGAUGUAUACAGUUUCACCAAGCCUGGGCUACACGGUGGAAAGCUGUCCACCAUACAGUUGACCAUUAAUGUGACGUCUGAAAUGGACGGCAGAGUGUACAUGUGCGAAGCUUCCAACACGCUAAUAUCCAAGAGCUUAAACAAAGAAGUCACUCUCAACGUAUAUCACAAACCAACUUUUGAUUCGUAUCCCGAUUUAAUUACGUAUACAGAAGGAGAUAACAUAUUCAUCACGCUGCAGGCAAAAGGACAGCCUUCACAAAUCACGUAUAAGUGGUUCAAAAAUAACAAACCGUUUUAUUCAGUAUACAACCGGCGUGUACAAGAUUCCAGUAUAAAUAUUACCGGUGUUAAACGUGAAGACGCUGGAAAUUAUAGUUGCGAAGCGAGCAAUACUGAAGGGUUUUCAACUUUUUGGUUUAUAAUAUCAGUAAAACAUCGAGCAACUAUUACUAAUACUUCUAAUAACGUCAUCGUAAGCGAGGGUGACGAUGCACAACUUUGGUGUCGAAUAGAAGGAUUUCCGUUAGGUCCGGAUCAUAUAAGCUGGACGCGUCCAAAUUUUUUCUUUGACGAUCGCACAUCAAUAUUACUUAAAAAUACUACUUCAUAUUUAACUAUUUUAAAUGCAACACAAUUCGAUACUGGAAUAUUCUAUUGCGUCGUUAACAACGGUAUAGGGAACGAAUCAUCACAUUCUGUAAUGUUGAUUGUGGAACAUAAACCUGAAAUACUAACAAUGGAAAAUGAAUCAAAAACUGCUAGCAAUGCUGGUAUGUCAGCUAAACUUCAUUGCCGAGCGGUAGGCGCUCCAAUGAUUAGAUUUUCUUGGGAACGUGAUGGGUUGAACAUAACAAACAUACCUGAUAAAUACAUUGUGGAACAGAAACAACUGAACGAAACGUUUUACGAGUCGACUCUGACGAUACUACAAGUGGACCAGUACAAUUACGGCGAUUACGUGUGCACCGCGUCCAACAAACUCGGGCGGACGACUUCGGUUAACCGGUUGACCGUCUUCUCGCACCCCGACCCGCCGUAUAACUUCCGAUUGGCGAACGUCACGCACAACAAAGCCAUGCUGACGUGGACCCCUGGAUUCGACGGAGGCGAACCGGUUACAUAUCGUCUUCGGUACCGGGCAUUCGACAGCAAAAUUUUUCACUUCGAGGACCUCGGAAACGAAACCCAUCACACGGUCAUCGGACUCGAACCAUUAACGUCAUAUUUAUUCAGCAUCAUGGCCCAUAACAUGUAUGGGGAGAGUUCUUACAUGGCCCAGAGCCUUAAAGUAACCACAAAAGAAAAUGUGAAAUCAAAGUCCGAUUCGAAUCAAGAGAAGCCGACCGAUGAUCAAGGAAUGCGAAUCGUGUUCACUUUCUUGGGAGUUUUUGGUGGUAUUUUAAUACUCAUCAGCAUAUGCGUUGUAUCGUAUUGCAUACACAGGCGUCGUAACGUUAACAAACAAAUAAACAAUGAAAACAACGAUUCAAGUAGUAAAACGCCAACGAUAGAAAUGUACGCACCGAAUACCUAUAACGGUGGAUAUGAAGAAAAUUUAAGCUCAAUUUCAGCCAAAUCGGAAACAUAUUCAAAUGUUUCUCCAGAUUAUAAUGACGAUCAACAGCAAAAGUCUGCCGAACAAUCGUAUUUAAUCGAACAGAUUGAUUAUCCUUUCAUCAACGAUUGUGAUCAUCCCCUACAGCAGCACGUUCAAUACAGCGGUGGUUUAAGUAUGAACUCUGACCAAUCAAUACAACAUUACAAUAUUCACGAAAAUACAAACGACAUAAGAAAUAUUGAGAAUCGGACUUCCAACCUACACCAUCAUCAUCACCUCCAUCACCUCCACCAUCACCAACCGCAUCAACAGCAUCCACAACAGCAUCAACAGCAGAAGCAUCAUCAUCAUCUUCAUCAUCAGCAGCAUCAACUACAGCAAUCUCACCAUGUCGCGCCGGGCAUACCGACAGCUCGGGCCGUGCCAUUACCACCGAUUUUGCAAAAUCGACCGCCACCUUCGAUGAUACCGCCAAUGGUCAGCAAACUUAAUUAUUACUCACCACCGCCCCCACCGCCUCCGCCACCCGAUGUCACGGUGUUUUCGUCGCAAAAUGUUCUCACCACUUUCGCACACAAACCGGAUGAAACGGAAGGACACUUAGUCUGAGUCUAUCGUUUCUGCUCUACCCCGUUCGCCACACCACUAAUAUACUAUGAAUUUCCGGUCAUAUGCAUUGCGUGUGAUUCGUUCGAUUCUGAAAUUCAUCAGAAACCAAGUCCACGAAACACAAUUAUUCCAAUCGGGUUCCUCUAUUCAUGUCAUUUUCCUAUUACGUCAUGUUCUAAAGAAACCUUGGAGCUGCAUAUUAUUCAUACGUCGUUUAUGAUGGGGUGAACAGAUAGCAAUAUGCAUUUUUACCUCAACCUUCUUUUUAAUUUAAUAACAAAAUAAUGAGCUACCUAAAAAAUGUACAUAAUUCUAUUCGCCUGAAACUUUUUAUGAUAAAGUUAGUUUGUGGGUGGAUCCUUGAUGGAAUAGAUAGUGGUACUCAGUAUACCGACAUAUUAUUAUAGUUAUUAGCUUUCCACAUACUUAAACUUCUUUCAAAUUAAAUUCUGUGUUUUUGUCAAUUAAUCAUCAUUCGGCUAUUGUUUUAUUAAUUUAUUAAUAUGCUAUUUAUGAGCCCAAUAACAUUUAAUGUUAGGUUUAAUCGUCAGUUGUGAAUGUAAAUAAUUCGUGUUGUUAAAGUUGUUAAAAAGUUGAAAAUUCAAAUAUUUUAAACAUAAAAUAUGAAAAAAAAUAGCAUAAUUCUUAUAUAAUUUAUGAAUCCAAUUAUUAUCACCUCAAACUGCAUAGAAAAUGUGCAAUUAAGAUGAUUAGAAGGUCUAUUAUUAAGUAUGUAGUAAGAAAUUAUCUAUAAUUAAAAAUUAACUGGUAAUAAUAAAAAAACAUCCCAAUUUUCCGACAUCAUUCAUAAUACGAUAUUAUGUAAGUAUAAUUCUCUGUCGAGCUUUGUUCGAUUGAAUGUCAAAACUUCAUCAUCUGUAUUAAUAAUAUUAUA